AUGGAAAUAGUACCCGAGGCGAAGCGAGGAGUUUUCGUCCCCCUGUGGAGCAUCAUUGUCGCAUCGGCUGUCAUUGUCGCCUGUUUCUUAGUAAUUGGACUCGGUGUCUACUACGGAACUCAUCAAGAAGAAAUCACAACGACCGUGGACCCCACCUCACCUGAGUACAAGUCGAGUACGCGGCUGGCAGAAACAACCUCAGCAACAACGAAGCCCUCGCCGGCCAGUUGGCGCUUACCCAGGACCGUGCUUCCAAAUUCUUACCACCUCGUCAUCCAACCAUACCUACCACCGCUAACGCCGACUGGUGACCCCGCCUGCUUCACGUUCAACGCGUCGCUAACCGUCUCCUUGCGUACGACUCGGCCAACCGACCAAGUGACCAUGAACCUGAAAGACCUAGUGAUCAAAAGAGAAACGCUGGUAUUGACAGAGGAACAGACGAGGCGAAAUGUUCCGUUUCAAGCUGUACCGUUCAAGACGAUUUCCGAGUACGAAACAGUCACGUUCUACGUUGGACAGGCGAUGCUGCCGAACCGCAGUUAUUUGCUGUCGUUCGCAUACACCGGCAAACUCUCAGCUGCUAAAGAGAACAAGGGUUUCUUCUGGAUCAGUUAUUCGUCAGCCGGCGAAACGAAGUAA